AUAUGAUCAGAAGAAGAAUCUGACAUGCAUAUGAACGCGAUCAUUUAUGCACUCCUAAAAAAAUGAUAAUUUAGUGUCGGUCUAUCCAUCUUACAUGAGAAAUUUGAAAUACAUCCCAUGAAGACUAUGAUCUCUUGAAUUUCCCUCGCUGCAUUUCUGGGGUAAAGUUUCAGUGCAAUGUAGAACACCCGCCAACUGUUUGACUCUGUACACAACUACAAGCAUCCCCAGUAGUUUUUGUAUAGUGUAAUAACACUAGCUAUAUCAUGGUGGAGCUAAGCGGAAGGAGUGAAGAAGCAAGUGUUAAAGGGAAUGGGAAGGGGAUUUUAUAUGCCUCAACAUCUUCUUCUCCUAUUGCUUGUGAUGGAAAUUCAAUGCCUACGAGAAAGACAGCCCCCAAAUCAAGCUACUACUUUUACCCUCAACCCUUGGCAAAAUACGAAGAUGUUGUAGUUAAUGCAAAACUCUUUAUGGAUACUCUUGGGAAGCUGCAUGCCACAAUGAGAACCAAGUUCAUGAUCCCCAUCAUAGGAGGCAAGGAGCUAGAUUUGCAUCGACUCUUUGUGGAGGUUACUUCUCGAGGUGGAAUUGAAAAGGUCAUAAGAGAAAGAAGAUGGAAAGAGGUAACUGCAGCAUUUAGUUUUCCCUCUACAGCGACUAAUGCAUCUUUUGUUUUGCGGAAAUACUAUGUUUCCUUGAUUCAUCACUAUGAGCAAAUAUACUACUUUAAGGCAAAAGGAUGUAGCACUGCUUCUCCAGAUCAUAUGCUGAGUCUCUCUUCAUUACCAAUACCAAUUCCAUGUCCAAAUCCACAUGAACCAACAAUGACUCAGUCCUCCGAAUUUGCAGCAGCAGCGUACUCAGGUCAAAAAAGAAGCAGGGACACAGAAGAGGCCUCAAAUGAAGCAUCACCUUCAUUAGGCCGUCAUGUGGUUGGAGUCAUUGAUGCGAAAUUUGAACAUGGUUAUCUGGUCACUGUCACGCUAGGCUCCGAUACGCUAAAAGGUGUCCUUUACCAUAUUCCUGAACAAACUAUUAAUCAUGUCCAAAACAGUACUUGCAUUAGUAAAGACACCACCACACCCACAACAGUUCGUCGCCGUCGACGUCGCAAAAAAUGUGAGAUGAAAAAGAGAGAUCCUGACCAUCCAAAGCCUAACCGAAGUGGGUAUAAUUUCUUCUUCCAAGAACAACAUGCUAGGCUGAAGCCACUUUAUCCAGGGAAGGAUAGGGAGAUAAGUAGGAUGAUAGGUGAGCUUUGGAAUAAAUUAGGCGAACCUGAGAAAUCUGUUUACCAGGAAAAAGGUUUGAGGGAUAAAGAAAGGUAUAAAAAUGAGAUGGAAGAAUACAGGGAAAAGCUGAAAGGCCAACUUAUUAACACUGCCGCUGUACCUAUUCAGCAACAGCUGGGUACUGGGCUAGACAUAGAAAUGGAAGAUGCAGAUCCAAAAAUGGACUUUGAAGAAGGCGAUUCGGUUCAAAGUCAAGAACAUGAUAGCACUACUAGUGAAAGUGAAUUAGAAAUGCAGGAAAUGGAAGUAGACAAAGAACCAGAAAAGGAUGCUUUAACUAGUGCAUAUGUAGCUCCUAAGCCAGUUAAUGUGGCUGCUGACGGUUUUGAGCCGCAAAAGCAAAUUGAGAAAAUUGAGGAUGCAGUUUAUGUUCAUGUACCUAGUUUGGAAAACAAAACUGCUGUUAGUGACAAAGUUGGGGAUGCAGUUGAUGUUAAGGUGCUAAGCUCAGAAAAUGCAGUUCAGUUAAUAGAAGCGCCAAUUGUGAAAGUUGAGGAUGCGGUUGAUGUUCAGGUGACAAAUUCGGAAACUGUGGGCAGUGAUGGUUUUGGGUUGCAAAAACAAGUUGAGAAAGUUGGGGGUGCGCUAGCAGUUCAGCUGCCAAGCUCCGAAAAUGUGACAGAGGAUGGUGACAGUUUAAAUUUGCAAAAUCAAGUUGAGAAAGUUGGAGAUGCGCCAGAAGUUCAGGUGUCCAGCUCCGCAAACGUAACUGAGGGUGGUAACAGUAUUAAAUUGCAAAAUCAAAUUGAGAAAGUUGGGGAUGCGCCAGAAAUUCAGGUGCCAAGCUCCACAAAUAUAACUGAGGGAGGUGACAGUUUUAAAUCUCAAAUUCAAGUUGAGAAAGUUGGGAAUGCUGUUGACGAUCAGGUGCCUAAAUCUGAAAAUGCAACUGAAGGGGCCCAUUCUCUUGAGUCGCAAAAACAAGUUGAUAAAUUUGGGGACGAGGUUGAUGCUCAGAUGCCAGGCUCCGAGAAAGUAACCGAGGGUGGCGACGGUUUUAAAUCACAAAAGCAAAUUGAGAAAGGUGAGAAUGCGGUUGAUGUUCAGGUGCCAAGCUCUGAAAAUGCAACCAGGGAUGGUGACUGUUAUAAAUCGCAGAAACAAAUUGAGAAAGGUGGGAAUGUGACUGAUGUUCAGGUGCCAAGCUCAGAAAUGUAACUGGCAGGAACAUUUUUUUUAGUCUCGAAAGCAAAUUGAGAGUCGGAGAUGCGAUUGAGUUGGUGAAGGGAAGAGCCAAGAAAUGUGCCUUUCAGUGUAGUGUUCAUUUUAGGUUUUUUUUUGUUUUUGUAUUACAAGGUGUAUUUUAAGUUCAAGAUUUGGAAAAUGUCUUUUAUAA